AUGUCUUGUGCCAUUAGGAGUACUAGUUCGAGGGAUCUUUGGAUAAGAUUACAAGAACAGUUUUCAACUGUCUCGAAGACUAGCAUCUUUCAGAUGAAAUCAAAUCUGCAAACAAUUAAAAAGGGCUCUGAUUCUAUUACUCAGUACUUACAGAAGAUAAAGGAAGCUAGAUACUAUCUCUCUGCUGUUGGGGUUUACUUUCUUGAUAAAGAUAUUGUUAUUCUUGCAUUAAAUGGUUUGCCAGCAGAAUAUAACACCUUUAGAACUGUGAUCCGGUGGCGUGAAAGUGUCAUCUCUCUGAAAGAAUUUCGAACACAGUUACUUGCUGAAUAA